GGGGGAAAAUGAAAGUCUUUUAUUCACUGGCUCGCUACUUACCAUUUGCUAUGUUGGGUUUGCGUUGCUACGCCGCAGUUAAUACUUCUUUAAGCUACGAUCUGUGCACGCUGUUUUAUGGGAUGAAUGCAUGGCUGCAAACAAUAUCAUUCUUAUUCGCUGAAUUGAUCUUCGUGUUGCGAACAUAUGCGAUUUGGGGACAUAAUAAAAGAGUAUUGGUAAUACUACUAGGCAGUAUAUUUGGUACCUUUGUCGGAAUCAUCGUCUUAAUCACGACGGUUAGGAACGACUUCAUCUCCAGCCCAUCCCCCGCGCCAAUGAUUACACCGUGCUACGAAGAUACACAAUAUGAUGUUAUAUCUGUAGCAUACGUGCUUUUAUUUCUUUUGGAGCUAGAGAUAUUACUUUUCACUCUUUAUCGCGCGCUUAAGCACUACCGAUUCAUGCGUAGUAGUCAGUUACUGCAAGUUUGUAUUCAGCAUAAUAUCUUCUAUUUCGCUUGCGGCUCUGCCUUCUCUGUUGCCAAUAUAAUAAUUACAUUUUUAUGCAAGCCCACAUACAAUGAUUAUCUCUUUUCAAAUAUACAAGCAGCUGCGCAUGCAAUGCUUGUGGCAAGGAUGCAAAUCAAUCUAUGGAAAAGGGAUCAAGCCAACAGUGAAGCUUCCUCAGAGCCGCUCUCCAUAGGUCAACUGGAUUUCGCUCGUUCCUUGCAGACUACAUCCGCCUCUAUCACAAAUUUGUGAGAUUUUAUGCAGUGCCUUGAUAGAUAACUUUGAAAAUCGCCGGUAGCCGUUGUAGUAUUACAAUUUACAUAUUUAUUCUAGGGGUCUCCUUCGAAGUCAGCCUUUGAACACCAAAAUAGUUAGAUUUACCAAUGUAAAUUUGAAAUUCUAGCUCG